AUGCUAUCUUGUGUUAAAGCACGAAAUUCCAUGUAUAACAAUGAUGCCUUGAUUGUAAAGAGGGAGCUUUUUGUGGACUUUGUUCUAUUCUUAUGUGAAGCUCACAAGAAUUAUUUUUGUGAGAGUGUUUUGCCAUCUUGGUGCAAAGUCAUGUAUUAUACCUUUUAUAGCUGGACGGAUGGGAUUGUAGGCUCUUGUGCAAACCUUGCUAUGGGGAACUCUUCAUGGACACACUGUCAUAUUGAGAAGCUUUGGAAAAUUACAGAUUAUUGUCCUCCUUGCGAUACUUUGGGGUUGCAGGUGCUUCUACUGGAAAGGUCAAUAAACCCUCCAAAACUUAUUUCUGUGGCUCAAUUUCUUCCGGAGAAGGCACACAGUCUUCAACUUGAGGCAUUUUCAGUUGCCAUCAAGAAAUUGGAUUCUGAAUUUCCUAGACCUAGACUCCAGUUUGUUGGUAGUUGUCGGAAUGAAGCAGAUGAGAAAAGGUUGCAGAACUUAAAAGACCCAACUGUUAGACUGAAGGUGGAAGAGGAUGUGGAUUUCUAUAAGAAUGUGACGUACAGCUUUAUUUCAUUUCACUUUAUAUUUUGA